CUCUUCUUCUCUUCUUCUCCUUUACCACUCUCCUCUCUUUUGCUUUUCGUCACUACUUUGUAAACGUAACUCAAUUCCAUUGAUACAUAAAAAUCCAUACCAACCAUGGCUGCCUCUCUUAUCCGUACCUCUGCCCGUGCCGCUCUUCGCACUGGAGCUUCGGCUACUCCCAAAGCUGCGGGUGUUGCGGGUUUGACCUUUGCCCGUGGCAAGGCCACUCUGCCUGACCUGGCUUAUGACUAUGGCGCCCUUGAGCCCUCUAUCUCCGGAAAGAUCAUGGAGCUUCACCACAAGAACCACCACCAGACCUAUGUCAACAGCUACAAUGCUGCCAUCGAACAGCUCCAGGAGGCUGUCGCCAAGGAGGACAUCGCCGCCCAGAUCAACCUCAAGCCCCUGAUCAACUUCCACGGUGGUGGCCACAUCAACCACACUCUUUUCUGGGAGAACCUUGCCCCUAAGAGCCAGGGCGGUGGUGAGCCCCCAUCUGGAGCUUUGGCCAAGGCCAUCGACGACAGCUUCGGCAACUUGGGAGAGUUCCAAAGCAAGAUGAAUGCCGCCCUCGCUGGCAUUCAGGGAAGCGGAUGGGCUUGGCUCGUUAAGGACAAGCAGACCGGAAACAUCGGAAUCAAGACCUAUGCCAACCAGGACCCUGUCGUUGGCCAGUUCCAGCCUCUUCUCGGCAUCGAUGCUUGGGAGCACGCCUACUACCUUCAAUACCAGAACCGCAAGGCCGAGUACUUCAGCGCCAUCUGGGAUGUCAUCAACUGGAAGGCCGUUGAGAAGCGCUUUUCAAAAGCGCGGUGGCUUUCGGGCGUCUUCGCCGGCGCUCUCCGACCUAAGAAAUCCCGUCAGGUCCUCCGGAAGGCAUCGGCUCCGAAUCUAAGAGAAGCUUUACCAAGCAAAGAUGACGUCCCGGAGGUGCCUUCGCUGACCCCAUGGGAGGCCCACCGACUCAAAUACCGAGAAGCAAAUCUUCAGAAAGAUACACAGCUAGGCGAAGUCCGUGAUCAUACCGCAAUGCUGCAUUCGAUUGGUGUGGGAGAUCUCGACCCUUCCGACCCAAACGUGCAACUACACGAAUUCGACAACAGACCGCCAGGCGAGCCCGUGAUUGCCAGCUUAACAUCAGACCUCUGGGCCAAGGUCGCUGAGUAUCUCAAUCCCGCCGAGAGAGCCAGUCUGGCUUUCUCCAGCCGAACACUAUACACUCGUCUGGGCCGCGAGCCCUGGAUAACUAUAAACCUCCCAGAAAACCACGACUACAAGGCGGACUUCCUCAUCUCACAAGACAGACUACUCCCUCACCAUCUCCUCUGUUUCCCCUGCGGCAAAUACCAUCGCCGCACACAAGAAGGCUGCGAAAAGCUCGAGCCCGCAGACCUCGUCAUGCGCGCAUACCGAUUCGGACCGAGCUACGGCAUCCCACCUGACUCCCUAUGCCGUCGCUGGCGCAGGGACGGCUGGUACCACCAGACCCGAUACCACAUCCACCACGGCCGACUGCUCAUGCGGGUCGUGAGCACCUGCUUCGCUGACCCAGGUCUCAGUGUCAGCGAACAGCGACUUCUCCUCUACUCGCGCGAUGAUUACUGGCCAUAUUUCUCCGUCUGCGCGCACUGGCGCGACGGCGAACUCAUGAACAUCUGCAAAUGCGCCCUCGGCCACAUCCCCGUCCCCCGCACCACAAACGGUCUGCAGGGCCUCGAGCACCGCGCAAAAGACAUGUACCACCGUCGAAUCCACAACCCUAACGCCCUCACAUCACUCUGCGGUAAGUGCCGGCCCAUGCGUCGCUGCCCCGAGUGUCCCUCCGAGUAUCUGGUUGAGGUCAAGCUCACCGAGGAUCGGAGUGGUUCGCAGCGCAACGUGUUCCGGCAUGCGAUUGUCGUGACACGGUGGACUGAUUUGGGAGAUGGGCGGUCGCCGCGGUUGUCGAGGGAGUGGGCGGCGAUAAAUGGGGACGAGGCGGGGAAGGGGUACGAUUCUUUUGCGGAGAUCGGGAAGAGGGCUAUUUCGGGGAUCUUUGAGUCGGCUAUUACGGAUGACACUUUGCCUGGGCAGAGGAUUCUUUCAAUGAAUCCCAAGGGGAAGAAGCUGGGCGAAGCUGGGAAUACUUGGUAUUGA